AUGGGAGACAAGCCAAUUUGGGAGCAGAUUGGAUCCAGCUUCAUUCAGCACUACUAUCAGUUAUUUGAUAACGACAGAAUCCAGCUAGGCACAAUUUAUAUUGAUGCAUCAUGCCUUACAUGGGAAGGACAGCAGUUCCAGGGGAAAGCUGCCAUUGUGGAGAAGCUAUCUAGCCUUCCAUUCCAGAAAAUUCAGCAUAGUAUCACUGUGCAGGACCAUCAGCCUUCACCAGAUAGCUGCAUCAUCAGUAUGGUUGUAGGCCAGCUCAAGGUUGAUGAAGAUCCCAUCAUGGGUUUCCACCAGAUGUUACUAUUGCACCAAUGA